AUGCCACUCUACUCUAAAUUUCUCAAGGAUCUGCUGACCAAGAAGGGAAAAUAUAUCCAUAGUGAUAACAUUGUGGUGGAGGGAAAUUACAACACUAUUAUCCAAAGAAUUCUCCCACCAAAACACAAGGAUCCAGGGAGUGUCACAAUCCCUUGCUUGAUUGGUGUGGUGUUAGUUGGAAAAGCCCUUAUUGACUUAGGGGCUAGCAUUACUUUGAUGCCUCUCUCCAUGUGUAGAAGGAUUGGAGAGCUAGAAAUCAUGCCAACAAGAAUGACAUUGCAGCUGGCAGAUCGGUCUAUUACAAGGCCCUAUGGCAUGGUAGAAGACGUUUUGGUCAAAGUGCGACAAUUCAUUUUCCCUGCAGAUUUUGUGAUCAUGGACAUCAAAGAGGAUGCUGAAAUCCCAUUGAUUUUAGGUCGUCCCUUCAUGUUAACAACCAAUUGUGUGGUGGAUAUGGGGAAAGGUAAUCUUGAAAUGAGUGUGGAUGACCAGAAGGUCACAUUUGAUUUGUUUGAUGCAGCAAAACACUCAAUUGACCGGAAUGUUUGUUCGAAGAUGGAUGAAAUUAAGAAUGAGAUAGCUCAAAUGGCCAGAGCUAAGAUUACACAGGACCCUUAG